GGCCACCAGGGGGCGGUCACGCGCGCUUGGACGGCGUGUGGUGACGUCGUCAACAUGCGCCUGCGGUCGGGGGCAGUUAGCCGCUGUCCACGAAAGCCCGGCAGCUUGUAGUGUGGGCACCGCUGCUCUCAGAUCGUUUGUAGCAUUUUUUUGUUUUGAGAAAUGAUUAGAAAUACUUGUACGUGUACGUUUAGUCAGCGUGUACAGGGCAGUAAGUAUAAGCAGUUGUAGAAGUACCCGGCUAGCAGCAGGCUACCUGCUCUGCGGUCACACGUGGGGACGUUUUAAUGUUUGGUUUGUUCCGAGCAGCGAAGGGAAAGCAGGAAGAAACAGCUGCGGGAGACCCUGAAGAUGUCCCGACACAGGAAGAAAAGCGGAGUGCCGGACAGGUGGGAGGACUACAAAGCUGUGGGGAGGCGACUGGACGGGACGCGCUUCGUCGCCUUCAAAGUGCCCCUGAAGCAGUCUCUCAGCCGUCAGCUUCCGAGUUCGGAGGCGUUUGGCCACUGGCAGCUGCUGGACGCUUUGAGCGAAGAAAAGCAGGAGCUUGGCUUGGUAAUCGACCUGACGUUCACCACACGCUACUACAGCCUGCAGGAUGUCCCUGAGUCGCUGCUGGUUGUGAAGAUCCUCACAGCUGGUCACGCGGUUCCCAGCGACCGCACCAUCCUGAGCUUCAAACGCGCCGUGCGGAGGUUCCUGCGAGACAACGCCGAUAACGACAAGCUGAUCGGCGUCCACUGCACCCACGGUCUGAAUCGAACCGGCUACCUGAUCUGCAGGUAUCUGAUUGACGUCGACGGGAUGGAUCCUGAGGCGGCUGUGGAGCUGUUCAACCUGGCGCGCGGUCACGCCAUAGAAAGGCAGAACUACCUGGACGACCUGCAGCAUGGACCGAAGAGGAGUAACGAGGGGAUGGACGAGUGCGAGCAGGAGCCAAUGAGAGGCCGCGCUGCACGUCGGCCCGACAGCAGGGAGGAGAGACGACCUCACUUCGGCGACUCGUGGUACCUCAGAUCUGGAACAGACCACCGCUCACAUCCGUACCGUCCGCUCAACGGCCUCCUUCCCUCUCCGCCACUACUGCCUCCGCCUCCUUACUGUCCCCCGAUGGGAGCCCACGUCCACCACCCGUACCGAUGGCCCCCCUCACACCCGGACGGUCAGUGGAGGAGACCCCCCCGCUCAGAGGACAGCAGGUCCGGAUAUCCUCCAGCAGAGCCGGACUGGAGUCUGGCCUCCCACUGGCAGGAGGAUCGAAGGAGAGCUCCUCGUCCCCCGCCUCCCAUCCCCUGCUACUCUCCGCGCUGGACCAAUGAGUCCAGCGGCCGUGACGCACCGGAGGAGGACUGGGACAGACACGGGAUGAGACACAGAAACAGAUUCACAGAGAGAGAAAGACCAAGAUGGUGAAGUUCUUUUGUUGUGUCUCCGUGUGUCCCGUUCUGAUUCAUCGGCUAGUUGAUGGACACUUCAAGGACAGCUUUAUGUCUUCCUCUGGUGUCCAGAAGCACACAGAAAAGUUAGCUAACACUCAGGUUCACUUUGUUUCUGUUGGACUCUUUGUACGAUCGAUUAUUCACUCAGCUGAUCACUUUGUAUCUCCAAAAUGAUGUUUUCAGAUGUCUGAGAAGCAAAAUGUGAACUUGGACGUGUUGUUUGGAAGCUGACUGAUAAUCAGUGGAUGUCCAAAGUGACAGUAUCAUGUUCUGUUGGUCCUCUGUGUCCUGGUGUGCCUGUCAAACCCACUUUAAUGAACUUUUACAGAGUGGGAUUAAACGAACUGUAAAUCA